AUGUCGGUCUCUUCUUCUCUCUCCCGCCGGAGAGAGGCCUUUUCGUGCGUCAACAGAGAUGCGCGAGAUGCUUGCUGCUUCUCUACAAACUACCACUGUCUCUCUGAAAACAGUGCUUCCCCAACUCGCUCUUCGUCUCGUUUUUCUCUCCCCGCACCGCAUUGUCGCCCGCAUGCACAAUGCCCCCCGAGUUCGCGAGCAAGCCACAGGGCCUCUGUCGUCUGCUCUCGCGCGCUCCCGCCCUCUCCCGCUUCGCUGAAUCGAUGGGUCGAGCCCUCGCAUGCAGUCGCAGGCCACGGUGUAUGUACACUGGAGUCUCCGGGGCCAGCAGACGCGCCGUUCGCAACGACGGCUUGUCACUACCUCGCGCCCAGGUCAUCUUUUGUCGCCGCGUCUGCCUGUCGGUCUUUCGCGGAAAGCUAUCGGCGAGAAUCUCUCUCUCCUCGUCUGCCUGGCGCCGCAGGGAUUUCAGAGUUCUGGGAGGAACGCUCGGUGUUCAACGCCCAGGAAGACCAACGCGACAGAGAGAACUGCAGAGACGUUUCGUACGUGGAGACGGAUUCCGGACUUUUCGCCUUCAGGCCUCAGCAGGAGCAGGGACGCACGCGAGUCGUCUCCCUCGAACUAGAUCCGUACAGCCAAGCCAAGACUCGCUGGGGCCGAACGCAGAACAUCCCCGCUGUCGGGGCCGCUCUUGUGGUCCGCAGCGGCGACGCAUACACCGCAGGAAGGCGAGGCGGAGAGACGAGAGACAGAAUACCAUUCAGCUUGCGAAACACAGAGAGAACCACUACCAAGGGAGACUUCAAGGUAGCUCAUGCGGCAAGAGAGAGAGAGAAGGCCAGUUGCCUGAAAGAGUCGGUCAACGUACACCGUCGGGCGCAGGGCCCGCGUUCUCACAAUCUUUUUCCAAAUGCACAGCGAACGAGGGGUGUCUCAGGUCCCUCUGGAAACAGGUGGUUGAAAGCUGUCUCUCCUGACUUCUCACACUUCUCAGAAGAGGUUUCAGAUUGCAAGGAACUCUCAGAGACCCAUCGCCGCGAGGCCCAGGCAUUCGCUGCUCACGGUGACUCCCUCCCCACGCGCGACGCGUCUCACAUGUUUUCCUCCUGCCACUAUCCGCAUGACCAGGGUCCCCCCGUCUUCUCUUCUUCGACUCUUCUCUUUCCCGAGGAGGCCGACGACGUUUGCAGUCGACAGGGCGGUUGUCCUCGCUCUCCGCCUCGCGGGCCUGUCCGUCCUUCUCCCCGGAGGCUAAGUGUUCCCCACCAGGUGCCGCUGAAAAAAGAUCCGCGACUCUCGAGCGAGCCGAAGUCGCGAGCAAGGUCAGUGUCUACGAAAGGCCUCGCACGGAAAGAGACAGGGCGCAAGGAGAUACCCCGCGAGGAAACGGGGCGAGGUGUGAGAGGCGGCGCCGGGUGUCGCUUAGCUUUCGCGGCGGGAGGGCGCGACAGAGACGGACAGACGCGAAGCACACCGGAAGAGACGAAACGGCGAGACAAGAAGACUUCUGUGUCUCCGUUAGGAAUCCGAGUAACCCCCGGAGGCGACCGAGGAGGAGGGCGACUUGGUGGCGCGGCCCUGGUCGCGAGAGGCCUCACCUCACAGAGGACCAUGACUGGCAAGCGGAGAGAGAGUGCAGAGAAGGAAAUCCGAGGCCCAAGGGCCUACUCGUUUUCACCCUACGAACUGCUUGAGGAGGACGUCGGCAGAAGACACCUUGCCGCCGAAGAACAGCCCAACGGUGACUGGACGCCCUUGGAGGAGACAGACAAGACUGGCGGAGUCUGUUCUCGCGGUCCCUCUUGCCCUUCUUCCCCGGUGCACUGCCCUGUCUCGUCUGACGCCAGAGCUGAGCUGCUUGAGCCUCGCCUGUCUAGAGAUGCGCCCCUGUCCCCUGGGGCGUCGUGCGCCCACCUUGGCUCACGUCUUGCAUGUCGCAGGCGGGAUUCUGACAGGCUGCGGCUCGAAUGCGAGCGAGAAUUCGAGCGAGGAGACCCCCAGAGAGACAGCCCCUGUGGCGUCUCAACUCGUCUGUGUCCGUCGGAGUCGAACGCGAACCACCUGUCGACCAAAGUCGUGAAAGGCAGGUCGUUUCGCGUUGCUCGGCGUCGACAGAGUCUCCCUAGCGAGGAACUAGACAAAGGCUUCGAGGUCUUUGACCGGCGAGAAGACAGAGUGACCGUGGUUUCUCUCGGGGCGGCGGCAGGGCGCAGCAGCACUCCCGCGAAGGCCCCAGGGAGACAGGGUUUCGAGUGGGGAGGACGGCGAGUAGACAGGGCCUCCUUUUCCUCUUGCGCCUCUCCAGAAGAGCUCUGUGCCGACUGGGGGCCCUGGGCCGGUGGGGAAGACCAGGGAAGGGAUCGAACGACGCGUCAUCGUUCAAGAGAGAUCUCUCCCAAGAAAGGCAUCCAUUCGUCUCCAGGAGAGAGAGAAGAACGGUUUUCUUCUCCUGCAGUCUCCUCGUCAGUGCUUCCGAGCUUUCAAGAGAUGCAAGACCGCAGGCACAUGGACACGGAAAGUCUCCAAACGCGGUUUUUUCCAAACAAAGAUCUUCUGGACGGGGCCCGCGGCGCGGCUCUCUCGCCUGUUCGACACUCGCGACGCUUCUCAGUCCACGGGUGCGCUCAAAGCCGUUCCGCGCGCCCUCGACUGGCGUCCUCGUGUCUUCCUUUUCGCGAGAGGAAUCGACCCGCAGCCCCUGAAGAGGAGAGAGAAGGCACGUCUGCGCUGUGUGAAGAUUUGGCUGCGUUGGUGGAGGAGGCGAAAGCCUUUCAGACGGGAGAGAACUUGACCCACCUGCGUUCGCUCCAGCAGGCGAUUGCGAUGCGCCUGCGAGAAAAUAUCAGAGAACAAAUGGCUGCGAUCGAGUCUCUGGAGUUGAUGCAAGACCUCCGACCUUGUGCUUUGCAGGCAAGUUCCUCUGCGACUUCCGCACCCCGCGAACUCCGACGCGCAGACACCGCGGCGGUUGCCGAGGCGAAUCUGGAGCCUGCCCAGGGGCCGGUUCCGGGCCUCUGUGAGGCGCGGGGCUCAGAGACAGAAGACCCCCCUGCGGGAGAAGAAGAACCACGAGCGGGAGAGCAACACCUUGCGUCUUGCUUGGCACUUCUGCGGAGUCAAGUGCGCCGCGAACAAGAGCGACAGCGCAUUUUGCUGGAGAAACACCGCAUGCUGCAGGAAGAAGAAGAGCGACAGAAUGCGGAGUGGCUGCGCGAGAGAGAGACCCUCUCGAGAAGGGAGAGAGAGUGUGGGAAGGGCGAGCGAGAAGCGGUCAGACAAGAUCGAGCAAGAGAAGAUCCUAGUCGCCGUCAAGGCCCGUGGAAUCGGAGACAGGUUGAAGACCUGAGUGAGAGGGAGGCGACGCGCGCAGAGAGCGAAAGAGUCGUUUUCCUCGCCCGUAGGUGUAAAGAAGCUGAAGACUAUGAAAGGCCUUCGCAGCGACGCCUUUGCGAGUCCUUCGCUUCCUCACCGAAUGUCGAGCUUUCGGUACUUCCUGGUGUCUCCCCGGGGAAGCGACGGAGCUCGUCUCAGCUUCCGCGCCGUCCCCGCACGUGUCUCUCGUCGUCGCUGCCGCCUUCUACGCAUGUGGAGCCCCAGGCGGAAGCGUCCGAAGAGAAGAGGAGACGGCGGGCUUCUCUCGGAGACAUCGACUUCCCGGGGCGAGGGACGUCGCUCCUGGAGCCCGAGGACGAAGAGGAGACAGGCCUCGCGGAACUCGUCGAGCAGCAGCGCCUGAAGCUGCUCGCCCUGAGAGAAGAGAGACUGCGCAUGCAGAGCGAGAGAGCGAGACUGGAGAAGACGGCGGACUUGGAUCCGAGGAACAAAGACCUGCAAGGUGUAAGCCUGUCCGUAGCACGGAGCCUGCUGCCGAGGGGCGUAUCUCAUCGAACGUCAAGGCGAGGACAAGAGGAAGCGGUGGAGAAGGAAGUUUUUCAGAGCGCAGGAGAAGCGAGCCGGGAACGUGGUCCUUCUCCUGGCGACGCCGAAGUGCACAGUGCGCGUUACGCAGCAAAGAACGACCCCACUGUAUCCGCCGAUGCCUUUCAGCGUUGCUUCGAUUCGCAUGCGUCGCAGUUUCCCUGGGAAGCGGGGCUCUCAGACCUUCUGAGAGAAGAGACACGAGCUGUCGACUCAGGCAUCAACACGAAGGAGCGGCCGUCGUCUUUGUUGAGGGGCUUUCAAGAGACAAAGAUUCCCUCGUCCUCGUCGGAUGCGUCUGCUCUCUCUGGAUUCGCUUUCUUCUCGGAGAAGAAACCUUUGCAGAAGAAGGACGAUCUGAGAUCGUGCCAGCGACUGACGAGAGAGCGUGUGAUGGCGCGCAGGCGCCGCGAGCAGGAGGAAGCGGAGGCCGCGGAAGCAGAGCUCGAGAGGCGGAAACGAAAUCUGGCGAAGCUUUCAGAAAAAACGAGAAAAUUGGUGCAGAGACACUUGCAGGCCUCAAGAGCGCGCGCGAGAGGGACUUCGUCGACUGAGCCUUCUGGCCCUACCACCGCUCGGCAGAACCCCUGCACUUCAGCGCGAAACGCCGAGGGCGGAAACAAGGACGCAGGAAAAGGGAAGAACGCCUCGGUGAGAGCGUCGGGUGUACGUACACCGGAAUCCCGAGGCGCUUUCGCGGUUCAAGGUUCUUCUCUUCGCCAGCAGGAGGGCGCGGAAGGACGCGCGUGUGGAGGCUCAUCGCGAAUCGGUAGAGAAGCGGAGAGAAGUGGAACCGAGAGCGGGACAGGCAAGGACUCGAGAGGAGAGAGCAAAUCACUGGUUUCUGAGAGAACACGAGAAUCCCCGAACUUCCAGAGUCGCCAUGACGCGAGAUCCUACAUCCUUGGCCCUUCUCGGCCACUUCCGAGGAUGAGGAGACAAGACGGAAAAGGAGAACCAGAAGGGGAAGAAAGAAGAGACACGUACAGCGCGCGUCUUCCUGAAACAGCACCCACGCGGUCCCCGACGGAGUCGAGGUGUUUGAAGGAAACAGAGAAAACCGAGCCAGCCUCUCUGGACUCUUCUCUUCGGCGCUCCCGCUCUCAGCCUUCUCUGAACUUUAAUGGAGAGGCUCGACGCGAUUGCCAGAGACGCCAGAGUGUGGAGCCUGUUUCAAAUGUGUCAGUCUUGCCUUUCUGCUUCCCUGAGCGUUCGUCGAAAUCCGAGAGCGUUCGCAGCGAGAGAAGCAGUGCUGGCGGAAUCAGCAGUGGACCUCUUGCCUUUCUUCCUCCCGUUUAUUGUCGCUGUUGCCUCCACAGUGUUAUUGUGCCUUCUACGCUGCCUCCGCCUCUCGGGGUUCCUUCUCAGGUCUCGGGUCUGCCCCUUGCACCGACAGAGGCUGUGUCUCCUGUCCCCUGUGUCGACCUCGCGCCCCGUUCCCUCUCGCCGAACAGGCGAGACAUGCCGCCGUCUCGGCUUCCUCUCUCUGGAAGUACAGGAUCUACUCACGUAAUUCUUCUCACCCCCACACACGUGCAAGGCCCAGGGGCGACAGGCCCGUUGCCUCUUCCGUCCUGCGCGCACGGCUUGCCGUUCCCACCGCCUCACUCAGGACAGAUCGGCGGUCGCGCGACCGCUAGUUGGGCUCCAAAGGUCCCAUUGCCAACUGGAACCGCACACGCGCUCGGAGACCGCGAGAAGGGGCAGGCGAGUGAAGGACUCCGAGAAGGCGAGGACGAAGGCGAGAAUCCGGUGAAGGGAGAAGGCUUUGAAUCGGGCAAUUCUCUGCAUGCGCUCUCGCCUAAAAAGGCGACAGGACAUGGGCCAGAAAGCGAGCGAGAUGCAGGGGAAUGGAAAACUCUCCCAGGUCAAAACAGUCUUUUGAAAGCGGUUGCAGAGCGACGAACACACGACAGACGAGGCCAACACGCAGGAUCGCCGACGGAACCUCUUUCUCCCGGUUUUUCUGUCCAACUCCCUCUGUCUCCGUCUGAAGGAGAAGACUCUCUCCAAGCUGCUCGCGAUCUCCUCGAGAAAGAAAUGAUGCAGCGGCUGAUCGCGAAACAGAAAAGCUACAACCGCGCCUCUCCCUCGCCGCGUAUCUCGGCAGGCGACGCUUGCCUCUCUCCACCUGGAAACGCCAGCGAGACGGUCGCCAUACCUCCUGUGUCUCCUGCGCCGAAAACAAGAAAGGUGGAACCAGAGCCAGAACAAGAAAGCGAGUCAGAAAGGGGAGAAGAACGACGAGAAGGAAAAGGACAUCUUCAAAGAAAAGAGAUACCUAGGAGAGAAGGUAUGGGGGGACUGCUUGACGCCGCCACCUCGCCCGUUCAAGUUCUUCGGCCGUCCGCAGGUUCAGCGUCGUCGAGACAGAGAGGAGAGAGAAAUAGGGAAACAUACAGAACUGAACGGGAGGAUUCUCCAGGAAGGGAGUAUUCGGUUCUUCCUGAAGUCGAAACGGAGGGAAAUAGAUGCAACUUAAGAGCUGCGGAUGCGUCUUCCCACCCGCAUUUCCAGUCCCUGCCGAGGGUGUCUCCUCGCGCGCUCCGCUGUACAGACACCCCGCGGGGCGAGCAGGAGACGGGACCUGUCACGCUGGACCGCGCCUGUUCGCCACUUCUCGUUCUUUUUCCUGAGUCUUCUUCGAGAUCUGCAGCUCCAUCGCACCGGUUUGACAUUAAUCCUGAGUCUUGCAUGCGCUCGCUUUCUUCCUCCAGUUUCCAAGAGGGUCUUGGCGGGCUUUCAUGUUGUCGGCCGCCAGAAAACUCGAGCGUUUCUUCUCCCUCGUCUCCCUCUGGCUUGUCCUCUCCGGCAUCUCCGUUCCGCGGUCCUGAGAGAGACAGACAACACGGAGACUCGCCAUGCCUCGCUCCGGCCGACGACGGAGGCUUGCCCUCGCGAGAGCCUCCUUCGAUUGGAGGCGCUUUGCGUGGCGUAUCUCCUCGUUCGCAUGCGCUUUCCGGCUCGUCUCCUGACUCAGAAACCUUUGCCCCGGAGGCAAGGGGUCUGUCUCCGUUGGCCCGCGAGGCCGACCGGUGCGCUCUGCCGAGUUCCUUCGAGCCCGUGGUGCCCCCGCCGCCGUCGCCGUGUGGGGUUGUCUCUCAGGAGACUGCAGGGCCUUCGCAAGAGAGCGACUGUGCCCUGGAGGCUCAGCAGAGAAGAGACGGUUUGCCGCGGCGCGAGAGUCUGGGCAGUCCGCAUUUUUUCGGCGCAGGUGAAGACAUUGUCAAGAAGGUGCUUGUGGGGAUCUGCGAUGUGAUUCGAGAGCAAGAAGCCGAAGCUUUCGCGUCGGAGGUGACCCCGUUGGGAGGCGCAGGCAGCCACGAAGAAGAGCCAAGCGAAAGGGAAACUUGGGAGACGAUUCUCCGGUCUCUCACUCGCUUCCGGGAAAGGAGACACUUGGGCCCUCUGCGGCCAAACAGAGGGGUCGACGCGCUGCAAAAAACCGAGCGAAAAACCGAGCGGGGAGGCAACAGCCCGGCGGCGACGGAGAGGCAACAAGGGGUGGGAGUCUCGUCGAGCAUAGCUGGCAGGCAAGUGUCUCCCCGAGCUUCGGAGUUUUCGCGUUCGCGCCCGGCCGAAGAUCACUUGUUUCCUCGACUUUGGAAUUCCUCUUCGCCUUCUGGGACGCCUCCUCAACCGCCGCCUGUGUCUCCUCGUGUGUUGCCUUCCCAAGAGGUUCCGACUGCAAGCGCCGCGACUCCAGAGUCAUGUGGCUUGCCGUCAAGCACAGACACAGCCUUAUCGCCUCGUCCGCGCGCUCCCCUGUCUCCGUUGCUCCCCUCGGCAGGCCCGGGUCCCUCGCCCUCACGUGUGUCUCCGCUGCCGUCGCCGUCCCUCGGGGUUCUCUCAUCGUCGCUCGGCCUCGCGGGCGACGCAGGCGAGAAGGUCGAGCGGCACCUCCCUGCGCCGCUGCAACUGGGGGCCCUCCGGAGUCCUCGGAGUCCGCGGCCCGCCCGGCACUUCGCGUGGAGCCCAACUAGCGGUGCCGCGCCGGGCGCGGAUGGCGAAGGAGACAGAAUACGGGGGUCGCCCCGGAAGGAGACACAUGUCUCUCACGUCGUCUCGGGGCCUGCCCUCGACCAGAAAGAGCUAAUUAGCGCCAUCGUCGAACAGGUCAUGGCUAGACUGAAGAGUGAGCGUCUCUCACCGCUGUUCUCUCGAGAGAAAGAGACGCGCUUUCCUUCGACUCGGAAGGCGAGAAGAAACCGCGAGGAAGGCGGGGAAAGCGCCUCUGCUCAGAGUCGUCUCUCAGGUGUCUCUGUCGCUCUGGAUACCAUUGGAACAAGCCUGGAGAGCGGCGAACUCGAAGAGGGAGAAGUCCGAGAUGUCGGGAAGCUGCUCACAACGACGACAUUGGAAGACGAAGCCAGUUUUCAUCUGAAUGAGUUCCCACCGUCCCCACCUCUCUCGUCGACCAGCAGGACUCAGAAACAGUCUUCUUCGCCUUCGUCGCCUUCUCAGAAACACACACCCAGAUGUUCUCUCUCGCCUCACGCUUCCCCUCUUCAGCGAGAACAGCGUGCGGGGCUCAAAUGCCUCUCUGCGCCACCUAGUCCCCACGCCUCGCCCUCCUCUCCCCGGGCGGUCCCUGCUUCAGAUCGCCAGGGGGAACAAGAAAAUAAGAAGGAACAAGAUCUUGAGAAGGACCAAGAACUUAGGAGAGGACAAGGACUUGAGGUGGAACGAGAACUUGAGAAAGAUCAAGGAUUCGCUUCGACGCUUGCACGGUCCCCCGGACUUGUGUUUCCCGCGACUCUUCUCCCCUCGUCGCUUUGUGGGGUCGUUAGAGCGAGUCGCCCCUGGAGCCCUUCGUCUUCUGGACGUACAGCCGCAGCGAACAGAUCGAAGGCGACAGAAGAGACAGAUGGAGACAGAGACAGUCAGGACGAACAGGCUGCUGCUGUCUGUAGUUAUGGUGCGAGUGAGGAAGCCUCUCCCCGUACGCCACCUAGACAGGGGGCUGGUCGCCCAGGUUCUCUCCUGUCGCCAGAGAGGGCGCUGGAGGCGAGGAUGAACGAGAGUCUCGUCCCUUGUUCGCCGCGAACAGAAGACACCCUUCCAUUGGACCCAGCUUUGAAGCCUUCGUCGGUGUCUCCUCUCGCGUGUCUCGGUUCUGCCUUUCGGGCGCCAGAUCAAGCACACGAUCCGAGGCUUUCGCCUCGCGUGACUCCGGAAAACGAUCUAAAUGGUUUGCUCUCGCCUCUUCGACAGGACUGGGCUCAAACAGAGAAGGCGUUCUCCGUUUCUUCGAGAGAAAAAGAGGAAAGCGAAGACGAAGCUGAGGACAGAGAAGACGUCGCAGCAGAAAGAGAAGACGGACAGCAAGCAGAUAAAGAGAACAGAGAAGAGGAGAAGGCUCGAGAAGCAGCAGACUCAGCAGCGUCUGAAGACGCGCAUGCUUCGGCUAUCCUCUCGCCAGAGGAACAAGAGCCUGCCGCUGACUCGCCGAGUGUACAUACACCGCGCGACAGAGAGGCAACACCCAGGGAAGCUCCCGACAGCUUGGAGGGCCCAUUGGCGGCGUCCGACGUUGGGCAGCGAGGUGAACGGGUUGAGGAAGAAGAGCUUUCUGGGAGGCCGAAGCAAGAUCUAGGGGAGAGUGAGGCGCUCGAAGCCGGAGAACGCGAACCGAUUCAGCACGACAGCAAACGAGUUCUGCAAGCAACACAGCCGCUUGCGGCAUCCGAGAAAGCGGAAACUGCACCGAGAAGUCCCUUUGGCGUUGAGAGCGACGCUGCUUCCUUCCGUGGAAGAGAAGAGACGGCAGAACGCUGGUCUCUGUCUCCUCGCCAUCUGCCUUCUUCUGCGGUUGACGAAACACAAACUGCAUCUCCCGGAGACGGCCCGUUCCUCUCCACGCAAGCUCAGCAGCGAGGCGAAGACAACAGAGAGGAGACAUUUGUUCGCUCCAGUUCUCUGUCUUCGCCCAGCGACCGGAAAGAACUCUACGAAGAAGAUGAGAGAGAUGAACUUGCGCCUUCGUCUAGAGAUGAAGCAAAGGCAAGGGCCAUGUUUCAUCAAAGACUGUGGGCAGAGGAAGAAACUUCGUCUGACGAGGGAGAGGAAGGAGAAGGUGGAGGCGAAGCUCUGCAGACUUGUCCUGCGGCGACUCCAGGGCCUUUUCGGAAGAGCAACCGCGUCGUCGACACCUCUCCGGAAGCAGCUGUGCGGAUUGCAUUUGCUCUCAUGAUUGUCAGACGCGGAGGAGAGUUGCUAGAUGUGCAAGUGACUCCAACAGACACCCAGACGGAUAGGAAGCUUUACCGAGAGAUCCACACUCUGGUCAAUCACAAUGUUCGCGACAAUCCGUCGGCUCUCUGCAUUUCCCGAGACUUCGUGGAGUUAAUUCUCGACUUGAUACACGACGUUGUCUCAGACCCUGAGAGUUGCUUUGUGAGCACCAAUCGGUGGCAGACUGAGGAGGCUCACAGGAGGCGAGACUUGAAGCAACAAGCUUUCUCGCGAUUCCCCACCCUCUCUCGCUUUUUUUCUGCGGAACAAGAAAGGCAAACAUUCACUUGGCGGGAACUCUUCGAAUGGGUUUACUCCGCUGCUUCUCUCGGCUUCUUCGCCCCUCUCUCUGCCUCGUCGCCUUCUUCCUGGCAUCGGGGCCUUCUAAAUGAUCCUGUCUUCAAGCCUGUUUCUUGCGUUCCGGGUGUCGCGGCAGACGACGUGAUGGGCCUCGCGUUUGUCCACCACAGAGGAGCAGAGGCUUACGUGCGUCACCUGAAUGGCGUUUCGCCUCCUGGCGUUGGUGUCGCGAACGAUGGGCAGGCACCCUCUGUUCGUUCUUCAUGCGCAAGUUCCUGGGGUUCACAGGGUCAGGAGAAGGCAGACGCGGUGGAUAGAGCAAUCAGAAAACAGCAGGCGGACGAGAACAGGCGACCGGCGCUCUCUGCGGUCUCUUUGUCUCCUCGAGAAAGGAGAGAAGAGAAUGGACAAGGAAGAGAGGAAAGAAGAAUGGACGCAUCUUCGUCGGGUGCUGACUCCUCCGUCUCUCCUCGAUCCCCGGCUUCCCAGAGACAGACGAGAAGCACUCGAGGGGAACAUUUCGCUUUGCGGGAGGAAACGGGAGGGGGGCGCGUUGAGGAGACACAAAAAGGAGAAAGUCUCUUUCUCAACGCCGCGUCGCUGUCUGCGAAAGGGAAUGUAGCCGAGACACCGCAGCGGGAUCUCCCGUUCUCUCCUCAGAAAAACCGAGAAAAAGGAAACGAACUCGUGAGUUCCCCCAACUCAGUCCCAUUUUCUCCUCUCUCUCCUUCUCCUCUCUCUCCUUCUUCUCCCUCGUCUUCUUCUCCCUCGUCUGCUUCUCCCUCUUCUGCUUCUUUUGUUCUUCUAUUCACAUCUCUUCCAGGUGAGCAAGGAAGGCAGACGCCUCCACGGUUGCCGGCGUUCCCCGUGGAAGUCGACAAAGUCGUUCUUUCCGCGAUGUCUCCUCGUGUGUCUUCUUCGUCUCCUUCCCCCUGUUCCUCUGCGUCUUCGCCAUCCGAUGCAGUCUCCGCGGUUUCGCCUUCCUUGAGGGCGGCGGGAAGCCAGAGGGAUGUCCGACUCAGUUUCACCGGCGAGGCUGCGGGAGAGCGUGGAGAUGUGUUUGUGGGCAGCUUCUCCGCGCUCUCGUUUGAGCUAAGUCACCCUCCGUACUCGUCUCUGGAAAAGCUGGGAACAUCCGAAGACGCAGCAGAAAGCUCCGACCGCGGCGGUUCUCCUGCGAUGCAGCGGGGCCUGCAAAGAAGAGAGGGCGGCUGCGAGCAAGAAGAGAGACUCCCAGUUCCGGUCUCUCCAAGUCGGACCUGUGGAGGCGACGGAGAGCAGGAAGGAGGGGAAGAGUUCGGCUUUUCUCCCCACAGCUCGGACGAGAGAAAGAACUCGAGUUCACUCUCCUCUCCCGCAUUCUUCACCUCAGGUGGAACAGCUCUGCCCCUAGACUCCGUGUCUCUCCCGCCUCUGCCCUUUGAUCCGUGCUUCUCGGCUCCCAGAUGCGAGGAGAAAAACAUCUCUUUGCUAUCUUUUUCCCCUGAAGACUCAGAUCGGGGCUCCGGCGUUCACCCAGGCCUCGUCGUGGACGAGCAGAGAAACAGGCGGGGACCCGACAGAGAGACGGAGAGAGAGGCGGAAGUCCAAGCAGAAGAUAAAAGAACAGAAAGAACGGUGGGGAAAGAGGGAACAGUGCUACGAGCUGCUCGAGUUCCAAAGCCCUUGUUAACAGGGUCUGAAGAAUAA